UGGCCUUUGGUGCUUCCCUUAAAAUCCCCGUCGCCCUCGGAGUAAAAUAACAGGAAUAUCCCUGGGAAUUUCAACCGGGGCCGGUGGGAGUCAAGGGCAGAGUAUAUUAAGCGCACGGUCUGGUCUCUAUGCUCAACAUUUCCAGUGAGAAGACAAGACAAGGCGCACACCUUUCCCAAAGGCUCCGAGCAUGGCCGGGCUGAAAACCGCUCUCUUCUUGGCUCUUCUCCUGACUCUCUUUUACCAACAGGUUGCAGCCGUGUGCCCCAGCUGCCCCAAGGAGUGCUGCUUUGCCGUCCGGAAGGGGAGGCCCCUUCGCGCCAACAUCAUGGCCUCCUACUAUCGGACCACCAGCGACUGCUACCUAAACGCUCUCGUGCUUGUUUUGAAGAGCGGCAAACGCAUCUGCGUCAACCCCAAAAGCCCUUGGGUCAAAGGCGUCAUUGGGAGGUUGCCGGAGAAGAAAUGAGAAGAGCUUCGGAGAGAUCAGAAUCAAUGCAUUUCCUGGUAUAAUGGAAGAUUCUCAAUGACUCUUGUCCUUCAACCAGCUUCUUCGCAUAUGUUUUUAGAUCCGAAACAAGAGCCAACGUUUCCCAAACUCUGGCUUCCCCAAUGUUUUGGACUUCAGGUCCCAGCAUCCCUGGCUAUAAAUCAAGGCAGCGGAGGCUUCCGACUCGAGUUUGGGUUCAACUGAUUUAGGCAUGGAUGUCACCUGUUUUGUGUCUCAUCUGCAGAAGAAACAUAAGAUUAAAGAAUAAUAAUUUAAUGACAUA